UUAACUUAGCCUUACGAACUGAAAUUUGGAUACAUCAAUUUAUCAUUUUGUGUGAAAAACAUCCUAUAUUUGGAUACAUCAAUAUAUGGGCUCGAGUGGGAAGCUUUUGCAAAUCAUUGUACUGCCCGGAGUUGUGAUAAUAUUUGCAAUUGUGGCGGCAGCAGCAGCAGCAGCAGCAGCUAUAGCUAUGGCGAAGCCUGGCUGCGCCAGCAAGUGUGGAGAUGUAGAAAUUCCAUUCCCGUUUGGCUUGAGUGGUGGCUGCUAUCUAGAUGAGGAUUUCAAUAUCAGCUGUCACUCUGGAAAACCAUUGAUAGGUAAUAUCCCUGUAUCAAGCAUAUCCAUUGAGAAUCAUGAGAUGCAUGUCUUGAAAUUGGUAGCCCGAGACUGUUACAAACGGGACGGUCAACGUGUUCGCUGGAACGGCAACACCCUCAGUUUAUCCCAGUACACCAUUUCCAACACCAAAAACAAGUUCACUGUUAUUGGCUGUGACACUUACGCCUACCUUAGUGGUGUCAAAAACGGAGCAAACUACUCCAUCGGCUGCUCAUCUCAAUGCUCAAGCCUCAACAACGAGGACAAUGGGUCUUGCUCCGGGAAUGGGUGCUGCGAGGUGGGGUUUCCGGAUGGGCUUAAAGGUAUUAGUGUGAAUGUAAGGAGCUUUCAAAAUCACACCAAAGUACAGAACUUCAAUCCCUGCGGCUAUGCUUUUGUUGUGGAGAAAGGCGAGUUCAACUUCUCCGCCGAUUAUCUCAAGAAUCUAACCAACAAAAGGGUUCCAAUGGUGCUUGAUUGGACAGUUGGCAAUCAGACGUGUGAUAGUGCUCAGAAAAAACCCAAGUUCGCAUGCAAGGAAAAUAGUGAAUGCCUUGAUCUCCAAACCAGACAGGGGUACCGUUGCAAGUGCAAGCAAGGUUACCAUGGAAACCCAUACCUCGAUGGGGGUUGCCAAGACAUUGACGAAUGUGGGGAUCCGACUCUCAAUAAUUGCACGAACCAGAACCACUGUUUCAACAUAGAAGGCAAUUAUACAUGUGGUUGUAUUAGCAGUGGCCUUGGGCUAUUGGUUCUACUUGUUGGUGGAUGGUGGUUCCAUAAAGUGGUAAAAAAAAGGAGGAUGAUUAAACAGAAGAACAUGUUCUUCAAACGAAAUGGUGGUUUAUUGUUACAACAACAAUUAUCUUCUCAGGAAGCAAAUGUUGAGAACGCCAAAUUGUUUAGUUCAGAAGAUUUGGAGAAGGCUACAAACCAUUUUAAUGUAAAUAGAAUACUUGGGCAGGGAGGACAAGGCACUGUCUACAAAGGCAUGUUAGCAGACGGAAGAAUUGUUGCAGUGAAAAAGUCCAAGGUAAUUGAUGAAGGACAACUCAAAGAAUUCAUUAAUGAAGUUGUCAUUCUUUCACAAAUUAACCAUAGGAAUGUGGUUAAGUUAAUUGGUUGUUGUUUGGAGACGGAAGUUCCUCUGCUAGUUUACGAAUACGUUGCUAACGGAACUCUUUCCCAAUAUGUCAAUUGCCAAAAUGAGGAGUUUUCACUAACAUGGGAUAUGCGCUUACGAAUUGCAGCAGAAAUUGCUGGAGCUCUCUUCUACUUACACUCAAUAGCUUCCAUGCCCAUUUACCAUCGGGACAUUAAGUCUACAAACAUACUCUUAGAUGAUAAAUACAGAGCUAAAGUAGCUGACUUCGGAACUUCAAGGUCCAUCACCAUUGAUCAAACUCGCUUAACCACACUAGUACAUGGCACUUUUGGAUACUUGGAUCCUGAGUAUUUCCAGUCAAGUCAGUUUACAGAAAAGAGUGAUGUUUAUAGCUUCGGUGUUGUCAUUGCCGAGCUGUUAACUGGGGAAAAAGCGAUCUCUUCAACAAGGACACAAGAAUCCAAAAGUUUAGCAACAUAUUUCACUCAGUCGGUGGAGAAUAAUUUGUUUGAUAUUAUUGAUAGUCAAGUUUUGAAGGAAGGCAAGAAAGAAGAGAUCAUUGCGGUUGCGAACCUUGCGAAAAGGUGCCUGGACUUAAACGGGAAGAAACGACCUACAAUGAGAGAAGUUGCAAUGGAGUUGGAGGGAGUUCGAAUGUUGCAAAAAGCUCCUAAGCUUCAGCAAAAUUAUGAAGAGCAUGAAUAUGUCCAAGAAGGAAUGUACAAGCCAUGGGAUGUUUCUACCUCGUCAACAAUGUCAACUUUAUCUAUAGACACCCAACCAUUAGUAUCUUUUCAAACCGUGUGA